GCGAGGAAAUCAAGCGGUAGAGUUGCAAUGGAUUUUAAAUAAACAUUUUAACCCCCUGCCAGGCUGCUGGGGAGCACGCAGGAGGCACUUCACCCACUGCCACCCAAACACACACAUACACACACACACACACACACACACACACACAGAGCUGCCCUGCUGCUUGCUGCCUCUUUCACCCCAUGAGUGAGGGCUGGAGCGCACGAGAAGCUGGCUGCAGGCAGAGGAGGAAAGUGGCACCUUUAUGACCAAUCCUUUCUCCAUGGAUUUGAAGGAGAGCACCAGCGACGGAAGUCUGGGGAGCCUCCAGCCCUCCAGCCUCCAGAUCUUUGCCAACACCUCGACUCUCCAUGGAAUCCGCCACAUCUUUGUCUAUGGACCUAUGACUGUCCGGCGGGCCCUAUGGGCUCUGGCGUUUGUGGCUUCCCUGGGCCUCCUCCUGGUGGAGAGCUCUGAGCGGGUGGUCUACUACUUCUCCUACCAGCAUGUCACCAAGGUGGAUGAGGUCGUCGCCCACAGCUUGGUCUUCCCGGCCGUCACCAUCUGCAAUCUGAACGGGUUCCGCUUCUCCCGCCUGACCACCAAUGACCUGUACCACGCCGGGGACCUUCUGGCCUUGCUGGAUGUCAACCUGCAGGUCCUUCAUCCCCACCUCGCUGACCCGGCAGUUCUGGCUGUGCUGCGAGAGAAGACCAACUUCCAGCACCACCGAGCCAAAGUCUUCAGCAUGAGCGAGUUCCUGGGUCGGGUGGGCCAUGACAUGAAAGAGAUGCUGCUGUACUGCAAGUUCCGGGGGCAGGAGUGCAGCCACAAGAACUUCACAGCCGUGUUUACGAAAUAUGGGAAGUGCUACAUGUUUAACUCAGGAGAAGAUGGGCAUCCUCUGUUGACCACAUUCAAGGGUGGGACAGGCAACGGCCUGGAGAUAAUGCUGGACAUUCAGCAGGAUGAAUAUUUGCCAAUAUGGGGAGAAACGGACGAAACAACGUUUGAAGCAGGAGUUAAAGUCCAAAUCCACAGUCAGUCUGAGCCUCCGUUUAUUCAGGAGUUUGGGUUUGGCGUGGCACCCGGAUUCCAGACUUUUGUAGCCACACAAGAGCAAAGGCUGACGUACCUUCCGCCUCCGUGGGGCGAGUGCCGCUCAUCGGACUUUGGUCUGGACUUCUUUCCCAUCUACAGCAUCACCGCAUGCAGAAUCGACUGUGAGACCCGCUACGUGGUGGAAAACUGCAACUGCAGAAUGGUUCACAUGCCAGGGGAUGCUCCGUUCUGCACGCCAGAGCAGUAUAAAGAGUGUGCAGAGCCUGCACUAGUGGUUCUUGGCGAAAAGGACAGCAACUACUGUGUGUGCCAAACACCGUGCAACUUGACCCGCUACAACAAGGAACUCUCCAUGGUCAAGAUCCCCAGCAAGACCUCAGCCAAGUACCUUGAGAAGAAGUUUAACAAGUCGGAGAAAUAUAUCUCGGAAAAUAUCCUUGUAUUGGAUAUAUUCUUUGAAGCCCUCAACUAUGAGACCAUUGAGCAGAAGAAAGCAUACGAAGUGGCAGCUUUACUUGGUGAUAUUGGAGGUCAAAUGGGCCUUUUUAUUGGUGCUAGUAUCCUCACCAUUCUGGAAAUAUUUGACUAUAUCUAUGAGCUAAUCAAGGAGAAAUUGUUAGACCUACUGGGCCAGGAGGAGGAGGAAGGAAGCCACGAUGAGAAUGUGAGCACGUGUGAACCCUUGCCAAACCACUCUGACCCCAUCAGCCACACUGUGACGGUCCCCCUGCAGACGACACUUGGCACGCUGGAAGAGAUUGCGUGCUGACAACGCUCCCUCGGCACUGUACGGAUGGCCGGAUGGCAGAAACUCUCUCCCCGGAAGCCAGGGACUCAUGCUCAGGUUCGCCACACCGGGUGGGGGAACAACUGAGGAAUUCGCUAUGCAUCCAACUCUUCUCUUUCUCUCUCUUCUUGCCAAAAUCCAGCAAGAGACGCCUUGGACUCAACUGCGUCACUCUGCCCACGUUAGGGGUGGGAGGAGGACGUUGUGGGAAGGGGCAGGGAUGUCUCCACCAGCGGACGCCGCAUCUCAAUCUUUGAACUGUGCAAACCUGACGACCAAGGAACCAUCGUUUCAUAGACUGCCAACAACUGUACAAAAGAAGCCUGCAUGCCAGUCCUUUUGAUGGCAGUAUCUCCCUCUUUUUCUUUACAAGCCGUGUCUCUGUCUAACAGCUGUUACUUUUUUCCACGACGAAAGAAGAGGCCACGGCACAGACAUUCCCCCCCUCGCCCCCCCCCCAAGAGUUCACCAUUACUUAACAAUACAACAGGCUGAAUUCGAAGCAAGCAACGGUCCAGCUUCAAAGACCACCAUUCCCCUUUUGUCUUUGUCUAAAUCUGUGGCAGGGUCUCCGAGCUCAGCCGAGAUCCUUGUGUCGGCCAGCUCCUGGGCAGCCAAGUUGAGCCGGCUCAAACAAAAUGGCUCACCUCAUCUACCGCCACAGACCACCACCACCACCACCUCCUUACACACAAACACCCACAAAUACACCAGCCCCGUUGGCACUCAUUAGCCACAGCUACUGUCUUGUUCAGAUUGGCGUGUCAUGCAACAUGUGUGUCUCAGGAUGGGGGCGGCUGGGAUCAGGGGCCAUUUUGACUUACCCUGCUUCCUCAUUCUUAACAGUGCUAUUAAAGGUGGUCUUGUGGAAGGGACCGGUUUGUGUUACUUCUGCUUAUUUCCACAUUCAUGGUUGUUUGUCCAAAGCUUGGGAGCUGAUUGGGGGGGGGGGGGUGUCUUCUGUUCCAAAAGUGCACGCACUUCCUUUUAGUUCACUUAACAACCCAAACAGAACAAAGGAUCU